UAGACACACACAAAUUUCCGCUUAUGCUAGGAAAUGUGUAAUACCUGUGUUCCCUUGUUUUAAAAGUCCCUUUACUCAUUGGCCAUGCAUAUAAAAGGACAGAGAGCCUUGUCACUGUUUACCUGUCUGGCAAGAAUCGUGCCGAAAUAGGAUGGUUGUAAUCCAGCAUCUACUGAUAUAUCUGGUUGUUAUUAGUGGAGCAAUCUUAUCACUUUCUCGUUGUGAAAUUGAGUAUGAAAGUUGUACAUCUGACUAUGAAGUUCUGGAAAAAGUAAUAGUAAACACAUCUCAAAAUAUCUUCUUGCUGAAAACUACGUUUUUUCCACCUCACACCGAUAAUCCUCUGUACGUGACUGUGACAUACAACUUCUCAACUAUCAGUGUCGACUAUAUCUGGUCAACAGCGUUCCUCUACUUAACUGUCCACCCACGCAUCAUCGGCUUCCUCUCCCUGUUCUUCUCUUAUAUCGAGGCCAACAGAGUUGUUGGUUUGGAGUUGCAGCUUCCAGAGGAGUGCAGUGAUUUAGCUAACAACACAAAAUCUGACGCAACCAACUUUUUGUUCCUUCUCACAAACAGAUUACGACUGUACGCCGAAAGUUCAACUGAGUCUGAGGAUCCUGAAGUGAAGGUUGUUGCAGCUGAGAACAGAAAGCAAGACAAUCACUCGGAGAAAGUUGCACUUUUCUUCUCUCUGGCUAUAGGAUUACCUCUUGCUGCCAUUGUUCUGAUAUGGGUAGGUGUCCACGGAGCUUUCCCCUAUAUUCGAAGUCACAUUAAUGACUCGGAAAUAUUUCCCAAUGUUGCUGCUCUCUACUGGAUUGGCCAAACCUUUACUCUGUUUGUGAUUGCAAUGGAUGUAGUAGCUCUGUCUGAAAAUUCAACCGUUGAUGAGUAUGAUAAGCUUGAAUAUUACCAAUUAUUAUUUCUCUCACUUAUUACCAUUUUGGAAAUUGUGGGUCUGUUUAUUAGUUUUGUGUUGGCCUUUAUACCACUUUUCUCUCAUUUUAGACACACCAACUGCAAACUAUUCUUUCAGGGGUAUUUUCAAAUCAUGUGUUGUGGUGUUGUUUCAUUUAAGCAGAUAGGCAGGAAGGAGGCCAGGAUAUGGCUUCUUUUAAACAGUUUAGUAACUCCACUUAUAGCGGCCUUAUCUCAUUUCGGUUUUAUUAUUGGGGGUUGGGUGUCUUAUGAAGACAGAAGUUUUGCUAUUUCUUUGCUCUAUUUUGCCAUAUUUGUGUUUCUUUAUUGGUCAUUGCAGUACAUGUACAAAUUUUCAACAGUUGUCUUCAACGUUAGAAAGGGUACUUGUUUCAAGCGAUGUCAAGUCUUUUGUUGCAAGAAUCUGCUCGAUGACCUAGAAAAUGUGGAUGGAGGGCAUAACAAUGAUGAGACGGUUGAUUCGGGUAAUGAUGGUGAUCAUGCAAGUAACGAUAAUGAACGUGCAGGUUUGUUGGAUCAAAAGAAGGCUGCUGCCACUAACAAUGAUGAGAUGGUUGAUUCGGGUAAUGAUGGUGGUCAUGCAGGUAACGAUGAUGAAUGUGCAUGUUCUAAAACUUUAGUGUUGGAACCAGAGGGGGCUGCUGUCACUAUAGAGCCUGAAGUAGCACCGAUUCAACAUGAAGGAAACAUGGCUGCCCCCAUUAUAGAGUCUGAAGUAAAUCAUGAAGAGCCUGAAGUAACACAGAGUCAUCAUGAAGAAAACAUGGCUGCCAACAUCCAAACACUCAGACAGACUGGGUUUGAUACAAUUGCUCUAUUUCUCAUGACGUUUCCACUUUUGUUUUUGUACGGCAUAGUUUCAUAUUUUGGGUUUGGUCUUGUUAUUCCCCUCCUCUCCUCCAUUGACACAGCAUUGGUGCACAUUUUCACAUUAAGCCAAUAUGGUUUUGCUAUUGCCAUCUUUUUACUCACCUACAAGCUGUUUUCAAUCAAAAGUGGAGGAGGAGCACAGAGACUUAUUUCAAACGAUGCUCUAAGGUAUUGGAGGUAUUUAAACAGGGGCAGUCAAACAAAUUACCCAAUUUUAGCCCUUAAACGUUCCAUUGAGAUCAUGGUUGUUACCCUCAAAUGUAUUAAAGAGGAUGAGAGAAAGUUGUAUGCAUCUCUGCUUAAAAGAAAGGAGUUUGAUUUGGAAGUGGUUUCUGAUCGCCUGAGUAAAAGCUAAAACGUGUUUCAGUUGUCUACAAGGGGACGAAAAGCUCAUCCAGGAGACUUCCAAAUGACAAAGAUUGUUUGCCUUAUAAACGCUUUAGAGAAAUAUGCUGUAAAAAACAUCGAUUUUGAUAAAAUCGAAAAAGAGAUCAAUACCCUUCACGAUUCAGUUAAAACUAUCAGGGAUAAGAAAACUCUCAAACGUGAAGAGAAGAAAGCUGUUAAGAAGCUGUGCGAGGGACUUAAACAUUUCCGGAAGGCCUUGGUGAGUGUUAUUGGUGUUCCUCCAAUGUACCUCAACCGCGACAAGGCGAGUGCUCUGACUGCUGCCCUUGUCUACCAGAGGAUUAACAUGACUCACGAGCACCCUCAGCCUCAUGAAGACAACCCCCAUAAUGAGCGAUAUUCACUGCUGUUGUCACUGAUCGAGGAGGAAUUUUGAGAAUGUGGCUGCAUGCUUGCUUGUUCGGGAGUUUAUCUCCACAACUUAAUAUUGUACUUGAUUGUGCUUGAUGUUGAUGUUGUUGUAACAAUGAAAAAUACUCUGUAAUUGUAGUCACCUAUGCAUAAUUGUAAGCUUAAACUGUAAACAUGUAGCUACACGGUUUUGCAAACUUGUUUCAUCACAAAGUCCUAUACUGUAUACUAGAUACUUUGUGAUAACACUUUCAUAUAAUUAUACUAACUACUGCUUUGCAAAGUCAUGAAAUAUUGUAGGGUGGG